AUGUCGGCUGCGGAGGCGGGGGGUGUUUUCCGCAGAGCCCGGGGCAGGACCCUGGACGCGUUUCCCUCAGAAAAGGAAAGGGAAUGGAAAGGCCCAUUCUACUUCAUCCAAGGCGCAGACCCACAGUUCGGGCUCAUGAAGGCCUGGUCCACCGGGAACUGUGACAGCGGCGGUGACGAGUGGGGGCAGGAGAUCCGUCUAACUGAGCAAGCUGUUCAGGCCGUCAACAAGUUGAAGCCCAGACCCAGAUUCUUUGUUCUCUGCGGGGACCUCAUCCACGCCAUGCCAGGGACGCCCUGGCGGAAGGAGCAGACCGCGGACUUGCAGCGGGUGCUGGCCCGCCUGGACAGCGACAUCCCGCUGGUGCUCGUCAGUGGCAACCACGACUUGGGCAACGCCCCCACGCCCGAGACCGUGGCAGAGUUCCAGCGGACCUGGGGGGACGACUACUUCAGCUUCUGGGUUGGGGGUGUCCUGUGCCUCGUGCUCAACUCCCAGUUCUGGUACGAUGCCUCCCGGUGCCCCGCCUUGAAGCAGGCGCAGGACCAGUGGCUGGACCAGCAGCUGAGCGUCGCGGGCCGGCGCGAGUGCCAGCACGCCAUCGUCUUCCAGCACAUCCCACUCUUCCUCCAGAGCAUCGACGAGGACGACGACUACUUCAACCUCACCAAGUCUGUGCGCAGGGAGGUGGCUGACAAGCUCAUCCGAGCAGGUGUCACAGCUGUGUUCUCAGGCCACUACCACAGGAAUGCCGGGGGCACCUACCAGAACCUGGACAUGGUGGUAUCAUCUGCCAUCGGAUGCCAGCUGGGCCAGGACACCCACGGGCUCCGAGUCGUCGUGGUCACUGCCGAGAAAAUCGUUCACCGCUACUACAGCUUGGAUGAGCUGAGUGAGAAGGGGAUAGAAGACGACCUCAUGGGCCUGAUGAAGGAAAAGUGA